AUGGCACCUUCUCCAUUCAAUGCCACUCUCCCAGAGCAGUUGAGGUGUAAAAACCGACUGCAAGAAUAUACCCAAAAAUCAGGCUUACCACUUCCAGUUUAUCAAACUGUUAAUGAAGGGUUUUCACAUGCGCCAAAGUUUAGAUCAACUGUAUUGGUUGCCGGAACAAAGUACACAUCUAGGCUAACAUUUUCACAUAGAAAGGAAGCAAAGAAGGAUGUUGCAAAACAUGCAUUGAAGUGCAUAUCAAAAAUGACGAAGGAUGAAGGAUUGUCACUUGUCCCCCAGAAGAACGUGGAUGUUCCGAAAUAUAUUACUACUACAUCCGCAGAAUGGUCACGCCCGGGCUUUGUCUCUAAAUUGGUGUUUGAUGGUAAAACUUACACUGGCAAUGUGGCCGGGAGCAAGAAAGUGGCAGAACAGCUAGUAGCACGCCAUGCCAUUCAAUCACUCCUAGGAUCAGAUUCAGGAACUCUCAGUCAAAUUGUCCAGUCCAAGGGCAAACUUCAUGCUGCAUUAUACACAACUGUUCAGCCAGGAAUUUCUUCACAUCAACGGACAAACAUUCCGAUCAUAUUCACAACUAUCCAAGGUUACAGCACAAAAAUUAUUUUGGUAGGAAAAGGCAUAGACUCUCGUACCAUUGCACCAGUUGUCAGUGGAAGUCAUGCAAAAGAUGCAAGGCUCGUGAUGGCCACCAAGAAAACUGGCUUUUGCACCAGAAUGCUGCUGCCUGCUGGAUGCUGUCUUUUCCAGAAUGCUGAUGGAAUCCUUGCAUACUGA